CUUCAAUUCAAAACACCUUAUAGAAGCCUCUAGACUCCCCCCAAUUCCUCCCUUAAAUCCCCAUCUUCCCCACAAAAUUUUCUCACCAUAGUUCCUCUCCAAAUCACAAACCCUAAUCUACAAUUCUCUCUCAAUCACAAAUCCUAAUUUUUUUUUUUUUAAUGGGUACUUUAGUGGGACAUGUUGCACCGGGAUUUGCCUUCUUGGCACUUGGGUUGUGGCAUCUUCUGAACCACAUCAAGCUCUAUUCUCUCCACCCAAAUUCGUAUACUUCAACUCCAUGGUUUCCCUCUUCAAAAAUAAAAUACAUAGAGCUCUACUUAAUCAUGCUUGGAAGCUCCAUUUCCGUGGCCAUGGAGCUCUUCAUUGGCCCUGAAAAACACCAGCCUUUCGACGCCGAUGGAACCAUUCCUUCCAACCAUCUCCACAACUUCGAACACGCGACAAUCUCCCUUACUUUCUUCACCUAUGCAGCUUUCGCGAUUCUCCUCGAUCGAAUUCACUGCAAAAGAAAUACCCGAGAUGCAUUAACGCAACUCCUCGGCGCCGUAGCCUUUUCCCAGCAGCUUCUCCUGUUUCAUCUUCAUUCGGCUGACCACAUGGGAGUCGAGGGACAGUACCAUUUGCUUCUGCAAAUCGUCAUUCUCGUUUCUUUAGCCACAACCCUAAUCGGAAUCGCACUCCCGGGGAGUUUCUUGACCAGUUUUGUUAGGUCAGCUAGUAUUCUUUUCCAGGGAGUGUGGCUUAUUUUGAUGGGGUACAUGCUGUGGACUCCUGAAUUUAUCCCAAAAGGGUGUUUCAUUAAUGUUGAGGAAGGUCACGAAGUGGUGAGAUGCCAUGGAGAGGAGGCUUUACAUAGAGCUAAAUCACUUGUGAACAUUGAAUUCAGCUGGUUUUUAGUGGGAAUUACCAUAUUUUCAGUGGGUUUAUAUGUGAUUUUGGGUAAAAUUAUUGGAGAAAAGAUUGAGUAUGCAACACUGAGUAGAGAAGAUGAGUAUACUUCUGAUGAUGUUGAGUCACAAGAGGACACAAAAGAUGGUGCCACAAAGAGUAAUUUUAUUGGUAUGGGGAAAGGAGGAUUUAUUGCAUCAAUUGACAUUGAAAGAUAGAGAGGGUGAUCAUUAUUCAAGAUGAUGAAGUAGAUUUGUUGAUUAUGUGCACAAAUUUGAUUUAAUUAAGGAGGGUUGGUGAAAUCCCAUAUGCCAUUUUAGUUAUCUUUUUUAGUCCACGUUGAUGGAAAAGGUGUUGGCUUAAAGAUAUUGAAGCAAUUGAUGAUGGCUUGUGGAAAACAUUAAUUAAAAGUGGUAUGCUUUCUAGAUGGGACUUAUUAAUUGGUGUGGAAUUGUUUGGUGCAUUGUAUUGAUGGAUUUUAGGUUAUUUCGUGGCUGUUUGUAUAGAAAAAAAAUUGAAGUUAGUAAAAGCAACAAGCUAGCUAGCUAUUUUUAUAAUUAA